GGCUUGCGACGGCAAUUCGACGCGACUUGACUGACGGAAUAUCUUGACAACCUUUGACCUAGACACUUUGCGCAACAGCAGCAACAAUAGAAAUUUCCCCAUUCUUUUGCCACAUAUCCCCCAAGAGGAAUCAGGACACAAUAUGACCGACCCUGACAAGAAAAAGGAUGCUCCCGUUCCUGUCUGGCAGCAACAGCAGCAACCCAAUGAUGGAUCCACUCUAGACCAUGCUCGCCUCUUCCUCCAAGACGAGGAGGUCCGUCAGGCCAGUCGCGAGAAGAAGAUAUCAUUUUUGCGCAGCAAGGGCGUUUCGGACGCCGACAUUGAAACACUGCUCGGGGAAGAUGAGAGCAGUAGUAGUACUAGCAGCACCAGCCAAACCACAGCAGCUGCACCCCAACCAGCCCAGGAGGAACCCACAGCACCAGGACUGGAGUCGCAACCGCAACCGCAACCGCAACCACAACCACAACCUCAAAUGCAGCAGCAGCAGCAGCAGCACCAGCAACAACCCCAACAACAAUCACAACCAACCGAAAAGUCCGACCAACCGCCGAUAGUAACCUACCCCGAGUUCCUCACCAAGCCCCCACGGCCACCCCCUCUCAUAACCGCCACCACUUUCCUCAACACUGCCUCUGCCUUUGCCGGCCUGGCAACCCUCAUCAUCGGCACGUCCAAGUACGUGCUGUCCCCGAUGGUCGAGUCCCUGACCGACGCCCGCAUCGACCUGCACCGCUCAGCCUCGGACGGCCUGAGCCGCACCAUCGAAAAGCUCGAGGGUAUCGUGUCCGAGGUUCCACCACCGCCCACCACCCCGGACAAGAACAGCCGAACAGCCAAGAAGAUGGACGACCAUGACUCGGCGAGCAGCGACGGCGGCGACCCCACGGAGCUCUUCCACCGCGACGUGGGCGUGCAGACGUCACCGCCGCAGACUCCAUCCAUCACCACUAUGACACAGAAACCCUCAGCGAUCGAGUCGCAGGUGACGCGGCUCGCCAAACUUACGGCUUCGGUGCGCGAAAUGUCGGCCUCGUACGCCACCACGGCCGAGACGCACGAGUCGACCAGCGUCGUGCUCGGCCACCUCUCCGCCGACGUCGACAAGCUCAGGACGCCCGUGGCCACGAGGCCCGCGGGGACCGUCUACUACCGCGCCUUUGCCGAGCCCGACGACCAGGUCAAGGCCGUCAAGCAGAGCAUCAGGAGCGUCAAGGGAGUCUUGCUCAGUGCCAGGAGCUUCCCGCCUCCGCAGGGGUCCACAGUGCGAUGAGGCGGGUGGUGGUUGUCACGUGUGGCUUUUUUUUUGUAUAUCCUGCCUAUUUCUCAGUUUACACACCCCCCAUUGUAUGUUAUAUAUGUGUAAUAUUUUGGUAUGGACGAAAAUCGGGGGUGUCAGAAUCCUUGGAUAUCCUUUCUGGUCAUAAAGAUAAUUCAUGAUGAAUGGACGAAAUACAACAUUCUUAACACGGACAGCUCCAGUCGCUUAAGUUAUCGAACCCAGACCCUAGUAUUACUAUUUUUUUGAUGUGCCCUGCUUGAAUACUGUACAGUGGAGAACAAAAAGCAAAGAAUCUUGGCAUUGUCCUCGAGUGUGCG